AGUCCGUUGAGAGUCGCCGUGGUGUUCAGUUGUCUGUAUGUUGUUCUUAUUCGCCGCCUGCCCAAAAAAACGUUGCUGCUUUUAAACAAACCUAAAGUCUUUAAUCCCAGUGUUUAAAUCCUAGCUUCUGAAGUGGCGGCGGUUUUAAAACAGACAACAGUUACUCAGUGAACGAGUUUAAUUUGUCCGCGAAUCGAAUCGAGAGUAUCAAAUUCUACAAUCAGCGGAUUGUUCUUACAAUCUAGUAGUCUAGCUAGAAGGCAAAACGGCGGCCGCAAAAGCAAGGUGCCGUCUCAGUGUGUGAGUGUGAGUGCGAUUUCCUCCCUACAUCAAUCGAAGGAGUCUGAAAAUCAAAAAGCCAGAAAAGCGGAGCAGCCAAAAGAGUGAUUCUGAAUUUUAUCGAAUUUGAAUAGCAAUAAGAGCGUUUGAAAGUAAAGUGUUUUACGGGUAGAAUUUUAUGAUAGAGGUGCAAAUUGUGCGGAGAAGUCAGUGAGCGUGAAGAAAGUCGCUUUUGUUGGGGAGCAGCAAUCGGAAGUUUCGUAGAUAGUGUGUGUGUGCGUGAAGAAUAACUUUUAGGGCGAUUCCUGCCGCGGGGCCCUACGCCUACUAAGUGCUAGAAGUCGAAGAAAAAAAUUCGACCUUUAAUUCGGGAGGAACACGAAUCCUCUCAAUCUCCCUCUUCUAAUGAAUCGCCAAUAAUAUGGCCGUGGCUUGUGUGAAGACUUCCGGUCAGUUUUUCACGUCGUCGUCGUCGGGCUCAUCCGGGCCAAGUUCGUCCAUACUUUCGGGUUCCGGUGGAAGUGCUGCUGGUGGGGGAAGUGGUGGGAGUGGAAUCUGCGCCAUGAACGGUGGUCCGGGUGGUGGACAUUUGCAGAGCCAGCUGACGCGGUCACUGGAGCGGAUCCUGGAGGAUGCGAACCUUAGUGGGGAGCUGAAGCUGAGCGGGAGGAAGCUGAAGGACUUCCCGAAGGCGGCCGGGAAAUACAACCUGAGCGAUACGGUUAUAGCAGAUCUUUCCCGCAAUCGGUUUUGCGAACUGCCGGACGACAUCACAUCGUUGGCCUUCCUCGAAAGGCUGCUGGUGUUUCACAAUACGAUAAGGUCCAUCCCGGAUACGAUUCGGGGACUGCACUCGCUUACCUAUCUAGAUUUAAGAAACAAUCAACUGUCGGUGCUGCCACGCGAAAUUUGCUUCCUGCCGUUGCAAGUGCUGCUGGUUUCCAACAAUCGGCUCGUGACGCUUCCGGACGAGCUCGGCCGGAUGGAGGAACUGACCGAGCUCGAUGCCGCCUGCAACCAAAUUACGCACCUUCCUCCCCGGAUGGGUGACCUGCGGAAUCUCCGGUCGCUCACCCUGCGCAACAAUCAGCUGGUUUACCUGCCGCGGGAUCUCACCUGUCUGCAGUUGGUGUUCCUAGACAUAAGCUGCAACAAGAUUGCCACCCUGCCGGUGGAACUUCGACUGAUGGGUACGCUGGUUGACCUGGAACUGUCGAACAAUCCGCUCACCUCACCACCUGCUAGCCUUUGCGUGCGAGGACUGGUGCACGUGUUCAAAUACUUGGAAACAGCGGCAGCCAAAGAGGAAAAGUCCAAAUGCGGUACGGAUGGCCACGCUACCUUGAGGAGGUCUGCACUGACGUCGAAGAAUUCAUCGGGAAGCUUACUGGACGGGACGCGGAAUCGACGGGCCCAUGUCGACUCCGGGUACAGCACCAGCGAUGGCGGAUUUGAGGGUAAGCGCUGGUCGCAGGACGAUCCGCACGACUACGGCACCUGUUCACCCAAGUGGUCACCCAUUCCAAUGCACACUGGUUUCGCUGGCAAACCUCCACCAGCAUCUUCGUCUACGGCACAGCACUCCCAUUCCGGUGGAUCCGGCUAUUCUAAUCUGUUAUCAUCUUCAGGUGCGAAUGGCGGUCUUUCAGGUUUACUCGGUAGCGACUUCCACGGCGCAGCUGGAACACUGGAGGAAGAAUUCCGAAAGGGCGUCGCUCUGCUGGACCAGCAAGAGCGCAAGAAGCUGUCGAAUAACAACAGUAACGACAUUUCUCCGGAAGGUGAUGUAACGCCGGAUAGCAUAAAGGCUGACGAAAAGAUGCGAUCGCUAGGCAAUAUUCAAACAUACAGGGAAUACAAAGAAGCACUUCGUCAGCAGCGCAGCCAAAACGACAUCUACCGACCCAAAGAGCAACAAGCCCAAACUCCGGAUAGCGGAGGUUCCGCCGGAGAUUCACCCCUCAGCAACUUCUCUCCUUACAACAAGUCCCAAGCCACCACCCCUUCGCCAUCCGUAUACAGUAGCAGCAACCAAAGUUCUCCGCUCUCUCCUCAUCACACUAAUAUCCACAAACUGAACCAAAUCAACGCCAACAGCAAUCACACCAAUAAUAACAACAACAACGGUUUCAAUCCGGCCGGUCCCGGUACUAGUCCGCUGCUGUCGCCCAACCGGAACAUCGUGGCACCGUUCGAGGAAUCGAACAGCAGCACCAGUUCGACGCCCAACAAACGACCGGUCCAGAAGGUCAUUCCUUCGCGCAACAUUACCUCAUCAUAUCAGUCCAGUCCCUCGCCGACGCAUCUGAACGGAAAUCACGCGACGACGACGGGUUCGCCCUCCGUAGGCAACGGCAAAAUCCCCAUUGCCAAUGGCACCCCUGUGAAAACGGCCCUCUCCAACAGUAGUUGCACGGAGUACGCCUACGUGAAGCCCAACAGCCCCUGCAAGGCAUCCAGUGGUAUCCUGACGCACAACAAUGUUCCUUCCUCGAUUCCGAAACCAACAGCGGUGAAUGGGGGCGGGUUACCGCCUCCGAACGGCAGUCAGAAACCGCUGACGGCCACCGUCGGGUACGUGAACAACGCCAAACCGGGACAGAAAACGAAUAAAACUGUCUCAUGGAAUCGGGAUGUACCGACGGAUAAGCUGAGUUUUACCAUGCGGCGGGAAUUCGACAAGCAGAAGGAGGAAACCGAACUGAUUGAGCAGCUUCGACAGAUAAUCGAGACCAGGCUGAAGAUGACGCUGCCGGAGGAUAUUGCACCGGCGCUGACGGAUGGUGUUGUGCUGUGUCACCUGGCGAAUCACGUGCGGCCGCGUUCCGUGGGCAGUAUACAUGUGCCGUCGCCGGCUGUGCCUAAACUCACGAUGGCCCGAUGUCGCCGGAAUGUGGACAAUUUUCUCGAUGCCUGUCGCAGGAUUGGAGUUGAUGAGGAGUUGAUAUGCUCCUGUCAGGACAUCGUGCCACCAUCCCCACCGCCACCAUCAGCAGCAGUCCCGGAAGAUUUGGAACAGUCGCAAACCGACCCGGACGAGGAGGACCAUGUCCAACCUCCGAACCCACCGGCCAUGUUUCGGACCGUCUUUGCGCUGCUACAUCGCGCCGAACUGAUGGCCCACGGUCCGGUACAUCGUCCUACAUCUCCUCCUCCACCCCCACCACCAUCAUCUAUCUCCGCGAGCAACAAUAACUGUAACGAGAACACUGAUAAACUCAGCACACUCACUGCAGCCAACACCAAUACAACAACAGCAGAGGCCGCCACCGAAAGGGACCACCAUCCCUGUGGUGGCCAUGGUGAGGAGCCCAAUGGUAACUACCACCGAGCUUCCCCGAAUCCCUUGCAUAGCUUUGCUAAUAACCACUUGCUACGUAACACUUCCACCCCGAGCACCAAAUGCGCUAAACCACUGCUAGAGUAUCACUUUGAUCAGGAGGAGGAACAGGCACUGGCCGAGCGGGAGGAUGUGAUGAGGGUUCAGGCUAGGCUUAGGGCCGUUAGUGCUAGUGAGAGUGAGGUCCAUCGGUACGCAAUUGCGUCGGCAGGUGGCGGUGGAGGAGGAGCGGACGGAAGGAACGUCCCGGCUUCGCUAGAUCUAGGAGCAGGAAACGGCGGUGGAGGACGCCGGAAGCGCAAGUUCCCCAGUACCAAAUUCAGCGCCAACAAGAGGCAAGACCAGUCCGGCGGAAACCUGAACGAGAUCAUCGAGGAGUGCGAGUACGAUAGCGAUAUAGGGAAGUUCCGGUGCCGCCAGGGCGACGACUACGACGAUUCGGAAUCGAGCAUGAAUUCGCUGGAUGAGGAAUCGGCAUUUACGCCAACGAAUGCCAACCAGGGCAUAAACGAUCUGAACAACACUCCGACCGGGCCGGAACCGAAGAAUGUGGUGGAUUUCAACAUCAACUCGGUGGAGAACGAUCCGGCUGCGGCCGGAAGGAAGAUUGUUAGUAAGAGGAUUGAAUUUUGGGAGAGUAAUUCGGGAAGUGGCGACAAGAUUGUGAAUAGUCCUUUGAGAAGAAGCGACAGCGAGGAGGACAACGAAUGUAGGGAGGCAAAACAGUGGAACCGGAAGUCGAAUCAUUCGACCGUAUCCACGAUUCUCUGUCUGGGAACGUUCGUUUUUACGGUCGUUUAUUUGUACUUGUAUCCUCUUCCCAAUUACUAGGAGAGAGGUGAGAUCGAUCCAUAAUUUGUUAAAUUUUUAUCAGAGUUUUUCAUAUUUUUGUUAAUUUUAUGAAAGAGAACGUAGAUUUCUUAUUUUUUAAACGGUACAACUUUUUUUCAGUUGAUUGCGUACUUAAAGUAUCAACUUUAAUUUUAGUUUUAUUAGUUUUAGAAAAGGCGAUUCGCAAAUAAAGGUGAAAGUGAAUUGAUUUGCUUUGAGAUGCGAUUUCGUUGUUUUUAGAAAGAGUGUUUAAGUAGAAGAAACAAAGCAGAAGGAAGCAAAGCAAAAUGUGCGAUUUUUCAUUCCUUUCGAAACGAACGGAAAAGAACUGUUAAAAUCGUAAGACAAUUUAGAUUAAUUGGCUUUUGUAACUGGUAAGUUUUACAUUUUACGAAUUUCACGCGAAAUGCCAUUCCAUUCGACCAUGUUUGCCAAACAUUUUUCUCACAAAACACUCGCAUCGUCGUCUUUCGUUCAAUUUAUACCUUCAAGGUAAAUCAUUUCACUGCACCGUUCGUUCAUCGCCGCCCACACAGAUCCAUUCCGAGGCUUAGGUUCACCACGAACCGCUUAAAUUCCCACGUUUGAGUGUGAUUUUGUUUGCAUUAAUUUGGUUCUUAAUAAGAUGUACCUUACGUUUUCUAUAAUCUAAAAUCUCAUUAUUUUGCAAAUCUCAUACAAUUAUAUUUAUUUUACCAUAUUUUAACGCUAUUUUUAAAACACAUACAAAAUCGUUAAACGUAGAUUUUACAUUGUAGAUUAGGAAUCAUAUGAAAAUAUAAUCAAAAUUAAAAGUUACUAAACAGCAAAUCAACUACUAGGAAGAAUUAACACACGAAACAAGAGAAUAACCGCACACAAUCAUGGAAAUCGCUAACGACGUAACACAUUACAGAGCUGAUCUAACAAUGAAAAGAAAAAAAAAACAAGAAACAAACACAAAUUCCGAUGAGAAGAUGAUGUUAAGGAAAGCAGUUGCCUUAUUUUUAUGUGAAACACACACACUGAACUAACCUCUGAACUGGUCUGAAUUUCCUUUAUUCCUUUCUCCCAACCGUGAAACGGUUGUCAACGGCUAGAAAGUAGGAUCUCACAAGUUAGAAUCGUAUAUACUUGAAUAAAGAAACGUUAAAGCACGUGCACGUAAACUCAAACAAUGUAACAACACUCGUAAGUGUGGUAGAUAGAUGUGCAGCUGGUAGGCGUUUUAAACUUACUGAAAUAUUACACCAUUACAAAAAAAACAGUGACCAGAAUUAAGAGAUCUAUUUUCCUAAGUUGUUCAAGAACACACAAAACCUAAUCGAUCGACGGUGGUCUUACGCUCUUGAUGUAUCUCUCUAGUUUUAUAGCAGCUUUUACUGUAGACUUUAGGUCAGGAAAACACUUAAACUGUGCAAAGUCGGUGAUUCCGAGCAGCUCGGUGUACUUACUGGAAAUCUCGCAAUACUAAAUUUCAUCUCGUACCAGAAAAAACGAACCUCGUAACUUGCUCGUAAAGCUCUAGAAGAAACGAUCGUCUUGGUCUAGUCACUCUUUUACACAACGAGAGUAUUUAUUUUAACGCUAUUGGAUUUUACUACGUUUUUUGUACUUUUGUAAACGUACUUUGUUUUAUCAAUAUUUUAAUCACUGUAAGUCUUUCUGUGGUUGUCUGAUGAAUCAAUUCAUUUACUAAGAGAGUGAAACGAUCCAUGUAUUUUUUAUUAUUAUGAUCAUUAUGUAUCAUUUCGCCCAUUGGGGGGUUCGCCACACAAAAUUGACUAGUAGAUUUUAUAAACAUCCAGGCUUGUCAUUGAAGUUUAUUUUGUUAAUUGCAAAUUCUUCAGGGAUUUUUUCGCUGAUUAUUCUAAUAAUUCCACCAUGGAUUCGCGCAGGAAUUUUCUCAAAUUUCUAAAACUACUCAUUCGAGAAAUCAUUAUUCACCAGGAUAUUUCCAUAGGUUCCUAAAGAAAUUGCCCCAGGAAAAUUUAUUUGUAUUUUACAAGAAUUUUCAACAUGGUUUUCUCCAGAUACCGUGCAAGCACCAUAUUCUGAACGGUUAAGAAAAUCCAAUUUGAAUAACUUAAAUUAUUAAGGAUUUCAACAGCUGGGAUAUUGGUUUGUCUUGCCAUUGCAUUUGUCUAAUAUCUAAAUGAACGUAUAGAUUAAAAAAACGUCCAUCAAUUAUCAAUUAUUUAAAAAAUCCUAUGUUAGUCUGACGCAUGCAUGUUCCUAAUUAUGGACGCCAUAUACAUCCAUGGUCCUAAUUAUGAACACACAUUGUUCCUUAUUAUGGACAGCAAACGAACUUUACGUAUAAUAUUUGUUGAAAAAA